UCCCCCACCUCCCCCACCUCCCCCUCCCCCCCCACCUCCCACGUGUCUCGUAACGCCUACUUCUCCGCCGGCCCCGCCUACCGCCUACCCGCGGUGCUGCGGGCGGUGGCGCUGGGGGAGCGCUGCUUCGAUGCGGGCCACUUCCUGCAGGCCAACCCCGACCUGGCGCCCCUCACGCCGCGCGAGGCGUGGAAGUACUGGGUUUUUGCGGGGCAGUUCCAGCCGCGGCCCUUCAGCCUGAAGUGCGGAAUGGACUGGGGCAGGUUCGGACUCAGGAGGGCAGCAGUGGGAGCGGGGGCGGCGGGGGUUGCAAAUAAAGGUGGUGGUAGCAGUACGCGAGGUGAGAAGGGAGGAGGAGAAGGUAGUGGUGGUCAGCAGGCGCCGGAGCAGUCGUCGUAAAGGCGGAUAGCGAACAGCUCUCCUGCCGGCAAGGAGGAGGGCGAAAGGUGCGCGUCUUCCUGCAACGCGGACAUGGAUGCCUGUGGACAUUGGCGAGCGGCGUGGGUUACUACUGAGACGUCAUGGAUAACAGGAUGUGGGCUUUUGUGUGGUGACUUCUCGUGUUGAAGACGACUCUGGUUGGAAUGAUGCUGACCGGCUGGCUGGUGUGCGAAACGAAUGCUCCGAAGCCUCCGAACGCUUGUGAGCUGCAGCAAGGUUAUCGGAAGACCCAGAUAGUUGAAAUAAUAGGAUAUUCAAGAGAUUUGGCAUUUGGGCCAUUGCGGUGAUCUUGAAUAUGUGGUGCGGAUGGAUGGGUGCAUCCUUAGGGUUCUACAGAGGGCAGACAACCGGGUACAAGUAAUACUACUAAGCAAGUAAUAUGGUUAUUUCUGUGUGUUACAACUUGUUUUGGCGUGAUUAUGCCAUGGGGGGACCGUGGUUCCGCUGUUGUGGAGCCGAUUGGUCAUGCGCCUUGAGUGUUUGGUUUUCUCCAUGUAACAAGUUUUACGUGAUUAUUAAACUACAGGAUUUACAUAACUAGGCCGCGUAGACGGCUAAUAUCGACUUGCAUUUGCUUCCCUUUUGGCUGUGUCUUUCAAGCCCCGAGCUUUUAGGCCAACGAAGAAGCCUCAGGCAUACAAAUCGAACUACUUGGUUAUAUAUUAAGGCCUUAAAUACAAUGCAAUCUCUCCGUGCACCAUGUGCCGGCGGCCGGGGCGUAUCACGGCAAAGCCGCCGCAGCCUUCGCGUAUCAGCAUCAGCUGCGGGCAAGGUCAACGUGCUGGUUGUUGGUUCGGGCGGUCGUGAGCAUUCUCUAGCUUGGAAGCUAUCGCAAUCGCCGAUGUGCGAGCACCUGUACUGCGCGCCGGGCAAUCCCGGAACGGAGACGGAGCCGAAGGUCACCAAUGUCGGCCUCAACGUGACCAAGCACGCAGAUGUGGUCCAGUUCUGCCGCGAGAAGCGGGUGGGUCUGGUGCUGGUGGGCCCCGAGGUGCCCCUGGUGGCGGGGCUGGCGGACGACCUGGGGGCGGCUGGUGUUCCCACCUGGGGUCCGGGGGCCAAGGCGGCGCAGCUGGAGGGCAGCAAGGCGUUCAUGAAGGAUCUGUGUCGCAAGUACGACAUCCCCACAGCCGCCUACGAGAAGUUCACCGACCCGAGGGCCGCCAAGUCCUUCAUCCGGUCGCUGGGGGCUCCCAUUGUGGUGAAGGCGAGCGGGCUGGCGGCGGGCAAGGGUGUGGUGGUUGCUCGCAGCGAGGAGGAGGCCUUCCAGGCUGUGGACGACAUGCUGGUGCACCGGGUGUUUGGGGGAGCGGGUGACGAGGUGGUUGUGGAGGAGUUCCUGGAUGGCGAGGAGGUGUCGUUCUUCGCGCUGGUGGACGGGGAGGAGGCGGUGCCGCUGGUAUCCGCUCAAGACCACAAGGCGGUGGGAGACGGGGACACGGGUCCCAACACGGGGGGCAUGGGCGCAUACUCGCCUGCACCCGCCAUGAACGACACCAUACACAAACAGGUGAUGGAUGAGAUCAUCUACCGCACCGCCCGGGGCAUGGCGGCGGAGGGGGCGCCAUUCCGGGGCACUUUGUUCGCAGGACUCAUGAUCAAGGAUGGAAAGGCCAAGCUGCUUGAGCACAAUGUUCGGUUCGGCGACCCCGAGUGCCAGGGGCUGAUGGCCCGGCUGGACGAGGGCGCAUGCGACCUAACGGAGUCGCUGCUGCGGGCAACACAGGGUCAGCUGGGCAGUGUUCAACUGGCCUGGCGGCCCGAGGCGGCCCUCACGGUGGUGAUGGCGGCGAGGGGCUACCCGGGGGCGUACGGCAAGGGGACCCCAAUUCGGGGGCUGGAGCGGGUUACGGG